GUAAUCGUUUGAUGGUGAUUGUAUCUCAAAAUGGUUGCACGUUGUACCAACAACCUUAGACAAGUGUCAAUUUAUUGGAUAACUCUGGGGUCAUAAACAAUGUGAAUUUUUUAAAUCCUCAAUUGUUUUCGUUCUAUUCUGUAAACCGACCCGUUGUUUGUGAAUGAAAAAGGGAUGAGAGUUUUUUUAAUGCAAUAAUAAAAACAUAAAAUACAAAAAUGACAAGUGGAGACGUUUUGAAUAUGGCCCCAGAGCUGGCAAAAUAUUUAUUUGAAGUUGGAGGGACAUUAAUCAUCUCAGAUGUUCCUAAAGGUACGGAUUUUGGGAUAGACUUGAAGUCCUGGAACACUGGAGAAAACUUCAAGGGAAUGAAAAUGAUCCCUCCUGGUUUGCACUUUGUACAUUACAGCGGUGUAAAUGAACUAGGGGAAUUAUCCCCGAGAGUUGGUUUCUUUCACGUGUUCAAGGAAAAGGAAUUGCUUGUGAAAAAAUGGAGUACAAUCUCCGAGGAUCUUGAUGUACAAGAAGUCGAGGAGAACAUUAUAAUGAGAUUCAAAGAGAAUUUGAAGGACCUGGAUAAAUUCCUUGGACCAUACCCUUACGACAUGUGGAAGCCCUGGAAAGAAUUGACGAGUAAAAUUGAUCAUGAUCUCAUGGAGAGAUGUCGACCCUUGUGUGGAUACGUCAGAUCUGCUCUGGAGUUGGUGCACUGUGAUGAUGCAUCUCGUCCUAGAGGCAGUGAAAUUCGUAAAAGAAGACGACCAGUUAUGACACUUGAGGAAAAAGAAGACCUCCUGCUGCCGGACAUGAAGCCACUGCCAGGGACUGAAUUAAGAUUGACUGAAUUACCAGACAAAUAUUAUCCCGACGAUGCAACACCCAUGGAAAUUACUCAGCACUCUUUAGACUCCAGUUACGCACUCAACAUUCUGUUGAAAAAAUUUAAAGAGCCAAUAGAAAUCAUUGGUGAGCUGCAGCUGUCCUUUAUCUGUUUCCUCGUAGGCCAGAGUUGGGACGCCUUCGACCACUGGAAAAAACUGAUUUCCCUCAUCUGUCGUGCUGAUAAAAUAAUUCCAGAACGUCGAGCUGUCUACGUUGAAUUCCUCCGAACACUUGAGAUACAAUUGACCCACGUUCCCGAAGACCUCUUGUGCGAUAUUGUAUCGAGUAAUAAUUUCGUGUACCACCACCUGCGCAUCCUCUUUUCCAAUAUUGAAUCGAGCCCUGAAGUCGAUGGCAGAUUGAAAUCUGAGGCUACGAGGGCCAGAAGCAGAUUAACAAGUAAAUUUGCGUGGGAUUUCGAGAGCUUACAGGACGAGAACGACGACGAAGCUCCAGUGGUUGUCGUUACAGAAUAAAUUAUUAUCUCCCAGAAUACCAGAACGAAAGGAAAAAAUUCACUUUAGAUUAAAAACUCAUUUAAUUAUUGGUGUUAAAUUAUGUUGACGUUUCUUUUAAAAUGAUAAUUAUUGUUUAUAAUUAUUAAAAAUCUCAAAAUAAAAUACACACAAAAAAAUCA